AACUAACUGGUUUCUCAUUGUAAUGAGUUAGUUACUCAUUGUAACUCAUGAGUAAGUUACUCAUUACGAUCAGAGUGUCGAAAAACGGCUCCCUAUGGGUCAUAGUUUAUUUACCUCCUAGAGGUAGCUUCCUGAAUAAGGAAUAAGGGUCUUUUAUACAUGCACACAUGCAAUGGACUAGUUACUCAUUACAAUGAGAAACUUACUCAUUACAAUGAGAAACCACUUGUUUGUUUGUUUUUUCUCAAUGUCCCUUUAGGGGCUCCGUAGUAGUUAUAGCAUAUAGCAAUCUUUUAUAUUUAUUUUUCAAAUAAAAAAUAGUCAGACACUUUGCAAUGCUCAAGAUUCCUUUGGCAUUAUUAUUUCAAUUUUUGAUUUGAAAAAUUAUUUGACAUCUGGUAGCAUUCAUCUCUUUUGAUUUUUAUUUUAAUUCAUCCAUUUUCUAAAUUGCUUAUCCAUUUUGAGCACUGCUUAUCCUGUUCAGGCCUUUCCAAUUUGACUUUGGGUGAAAGGCAGACAAUAUAGUAUUAUAAUUAUACCUCCUAACAUUUUUUUCCAAUUUGGGGAUUUUUUUUUAAGUUAAAAAAAAAGAAAAAAAGAAUCUAACAAACGAAGUCUCGCGCUUUAGAAAUGUUCUAUAGAAAAUUGUUAGCAGGGCCAAUAGUUCCUAAGGGGAAAGCUGGUCUAAAAUUGAAAACCUUUUACACAAAAUAAACAUGUUCCACUAAAGAUUAACUAAACAGUACUUGUUACGCUAAAUCAUGCUCUGUUUGUUUCUUCGUUUGCUUGUUUGUUUUCCUUGAGCUGACUGAGCACAUUUUCAACAAUCGUGCCAACUGUGGCUUGGAAUGAAACGUGCGCAGGUCUUUGGCGCCCUCGCGUGGAAGCUUUUGAAAACGUCGCUCCCCAAACUGCUGUCUAUGAAUAAUCCUCAACAUCACCGCGGCAAACUGUGUCGCGUAGUCUACAGCGAGAGGCUUCAUGCUGCAAGCCCCGAUUCCCACUCCCACUCGGGGUGGAGCUUCAACUUUGAUCCCACUUUUUGUGUGUGUGCAAGUACCACAAACUUCAUCCUGCAAUGCUGAGUUAGUUUUUCAGUCAGCAGUGUGUACUGUACCGGGUUGGAAGGGGGCGGGCGGUGGGGGGGAGAAGAUGAUGCUGAGCGUGUUGAAGUUUACUUGCGCGAUCGUGACCAGGGCGCUCUUUCUCUUCGUGUCGCUGGCGGGCGUGUGGCGGGUGACAUGGGUGAAGGGGGACAACAUCUUCUGGCUGCUCACGCUGCUCUUCGUGCCGCUCCUGCUAGAGAUGAUCGUCACGCUGAAAAAGAGGAAAGGACAAGAUUACAAAUGGUUUUCCCCUCCAAUCUUUCUCUUUCUCAUCAGUAUCAUUCCCUCCAUUUGGAUUCUGGAGCUGCACUACCAGCAGGACAAAGCCAGCGACCCUCAGUGCAAAAAGCUUGACUCAUGGGAGAACGUGAAGCAAGUGAUCACACUGAACGAGACCACAGGGACAAACCUCACGUACCAGAACUACCUGGAGAAUAUCAACCAGGCGUUGUGCUCCAACGAGUGGAUCCUCGCUCUUCAUCAGAUCCUGCUCAUCCUCCUCAUUGUGGGAAAGUGGCUCCUGCCCCUGGGGGGCGGCGUCACCAGAGAUGAGCUCUCUCAGCUGCUUCUGAUCUUCGUCGGCACGGCAGCGGACAUCCUCGAAUUCACGAGUGAGACGCUAUCAGAUGUCAAAGAGAACAGUCCUCAGUUGGUCUAUAUCAUCUUAGCUGUAUGGACAUGGAGCAUGUUGCAAUUCCCUCUACAUUUGGCUGUGGUGAACUCCAAGUCGGACCCUGUUGCCGACCAGGAUGUUCGUGAGGUUUCCCUGCUGACCAAACACAGCACAGACAUUUGGGGUAUCGUGGAGGCUUUGUUUAUCCAGGACGGGCCCUUCCUGAUGGUGCGGCUCACUGUCAUGACCUACUUCGACGUCUUCCACCAGAUGCUGGUCUUCUUUGCCAUCAAGAACUUCCUGGUUGUCAUUUUGAACGUGUACAGGUUGGCCGUCAUAUGCCAGGACUUCAGACCGUCCCGGAAUGGCAGUGGCAGCAUCCCAUAAUUAAAAAGGGAAACCCUGAGUCAUCCUGUAUUGAUUGGACGAUAAUACGCCUGUGUUGUCUUCGUGCAUCUUGCAAAGUCCAUUUAUCGGGAAAAGUAUGGUUUUCUAUCAUGUUCUUACACUUGAUAUCAUGUUUAGUGUCCAUGCUUGAUGCUGCUAACCUCAAAUUACUGGACUGAUAUAACCGCAGUAAAGAUAACUCUGAAGAUAUCUGGAAAUUUCUGGGCAGUUUUGAAAGUGUGCCAGAGCAAUAAAAUAAUCCAUCCAUCCAUUUUCUGAACCGCUCAUCCUGACUAGGGUGGCGAGAGUGCUGGAGCCAAUCCCAGCUGACAUCGGGCACGAGGGGGGGGGUCACCCUGAACUGGUUGCCAGCCAAUCGCAGGGCACAUGGAGACAGACAACAGUCGCACUCACAAUUGCAAAGAAGGGACGAUUUAAAGACUCCAAUUCAUGCAUGUUUUUUUUAUAUGGGGGUAAACCAGAAUGCCCACGCAGGCGGGGCGGGAUUUGAGAUCCGGUCCUCAGCGCCGUGAGGCCAACAUGCUACAGAUGCUCCACUGUGCUGCCCGUAGUAAAAUAAAUAAAUAAAAAUCUAUGUGCCCUGCGAUUGGCUGGCAACCAGUUCAGGGUGUACCCCACCUCCUGCCCGUUGUCAGAUGGGAUUGGCUCCAGUGACCCUCGUGAGGAUAAGCGGUAAAAGAAAAUGGAUGGAUGGAUGUAUUAAGCACUGAUAAUAAUGAAAUCAAACUCCGAGAAGAUACUUCUCCCUCACUUAGCUUCGAACAUACACCCUUGUGUUUGUUGAUAUUGUCCACGUUUAGUUGUCCGUGCGGGCUUCUGCGAGCCUUAAUCCAUCGUAGACCCUUCGUCAACUGUGUUUUAGGCUUUGGAAAAUGAAUCAACCGGGCCCCUUGUAACCUAGCAGGAUAUCUUUCAUCAGAAUUGCACCUUCCCCAAGCGCAUCUGAGGACCAUUUUCUUUAUAACGUUAACUUUUCCAAGCGCACGCUACUGACAACCAGCAUUGCUUGUGGGACAAUAUGGCGAGAGGGCCGUGUCAAGCCAGGGGUUAAGACAACGCGGCUAUCUGAUUGGCUAUUAUUGCAUGAGUUGAUCGACAGGUCGGAAUGGUCCAUUGUUGUAGUUCGAGCAUGGGAAACUGUGAAGUGCUGACGGAAUCGGGAGAUCGACAGGAGCAUUUGAACUCAACCAGGAAGGUGAAACAGAAUGUGCCCAACUGUAAACACUGGGUAAUUAUUUGAGUUACCGCUGACUCAGACUGUUCAUUCUUGUUCGUUUAAGUAGUUACAUGCUUAAAGGAUUGUUGUGAUUUUUUUAAGCUGCUAUAAUCAGAAUCAUCUUUAUUUUGCCAUGUAUGUCAAAAAGACUAUAAAUAUCCCAUGACAGUGUCCCACAGGGAAUAACGUACUGUAAAAUAUAUUUGUUAAAAGGCAAAAGAAGUAUCAAGCGCUUUAAUCAGUUUGUGUAUUCCUUACCCCUUAAAAACACAAGGAUAAAUUGUUGGGGGUUUUUGUAUGUUUGUCACUUUGAAUAAGCCUAAAAAAGAAUCUGUACCAUUGUCCUGAUUUGCGUAUGACUUCUCACAUUAAAGAGAAAAAUAGUAUAACACAA